UGAGCGGCGACGGCGAUAAGUGAGAGCAGUGCUGCUUGAGAAGCCAUCAUGAAGCUGCCACUACUGUUACUGCUGUUCGUGGCCUGCGUCCUCGGUGAUGCAAACGAGGGAGAUGGACCGGUUGAAGAGAUGUGGUACGGAUCGCCAGAGGAUCCGGACUGGUACAAAUUCGAAGAAGCUGACAGCCCAUCAGAGUUCACCGACGUGGAAGAACGCAUCGUUGGCGGCUCCGAUGCCUUUCCAGGUCAGUUCCCGUACGUGGUAUCCCUGAAGACACCGGACGAGUCCGGGUUCCAGCAUUUCUGCGGGGGCUCCAUUCUGACAGAAGAGUGGAUACUCACAGCUGCACAUUGCAUCGUCAACCUGAAUGUCUCUGAUUACGUUGUGGUGGCCGGCGAGUAUGACCUGACUGUGGACGAGGGCACUGAGCAGGUCGUGGGAGUCUCCGAGGCGUUCAUCUACCCGUACCUUGCCCAUGGUGGCUUGUACAACGAUACGGCACUCCUGCGGCUGAACUCUUCGCUGGAGUUCAACGUCAACGUCAGUGCCAUAUCGCUCCCAGAGUACAACUCCACCCCUGAAGGUGUGUACUUGUGA